AUGAAUAGAUUUACAGGGUUGCCUGCAACUGCUGCUAUACGGCAUCAGCAUACGUUGUUGAAGACCGCAAAUUUAACACAAGCUCCAGAUUUUACUAAGUAUUCUCCAGUGAAACCAAUUAAAGAAGGUAUUGCCCCAUAUAUUGUAGAGACAAUGAAAGCGUUUCCUACAGACUCAAGAUAUAUUAACCAACAACAUUAUUAUCAAAAUAGAAAUAUUUUAAUGAAUGAUUAUGCAAAGAGAUCACCUCAUCCUGUUUCAUUAAUGCAACUUGCACAGUAUUAUGAUGAUUCAUCAACUUUAACAAAACAAAAAAUUAUAAAUUCAGGAAUUUUUGUUAAAGAAGAAUUAGCAAUAAGAAUUGCAUCAAAGAUUAACCUUUUACAAAGUUUGCCAUUUAAUGUUGUUAAUAAUUUUCAUUUUUUACAAGUUUAUGAAUCAUAUUAUAAUAUUUUUGAAAGAUUUAGAAAAUUUCCAACAAUUAAAACAAUGGAAGAUAAUUUAAACUUCUCAGAAUUUAUAAGAAAAAUUUUACAAGAUUUUAAUUCAUUAAAUUUACCACAUUUAAUAAUGGGUGCAUUAGAAUGUACAAUAUUUGAUUUAUACCCAAGAGAUAAAAUGGACGAAUUAUUAUCAAAUUUAUUAAGAUCACGUAUUUCAAGAAGAUUAAUCGUCGAAGAACAUUUAAGUGUAACAUCAAAUUAUGUUACAGGUAAGAAAGAAAAUACUUUAGUUCUUGGUGAUAUUUUUCAAGAAUGUAAUGCAUUAGAAUACUUAACUAAUGCAAGUAAAGAAUGUGAACAAUUUAUUAAAAAUAUGUAUUAUCCAUCAAUACCUUUACCUGAAUUAAAAAUUGAAGGUUCAAAAGAUUUAACAUUUUAUUUUUUACCAGCUCAUUUAAAAUAUUUAUUAGGUGAAAUUUUAAGAAAUGCUUAUGAAGCAACUAUUAGAGAAUAUAUUAGAAAAGGUUUAAAAACUCCAUCACCAAUUACUGUUACUAUAAUUGAAAAUCCUGACACAUAUAUCUUUAGAAUAUCUGAUCAAGCUGGUGGUCUAAUCCACAGUGAUGCAGAUUUAUGGUCAUUUGGCAAAUCAAAGGAAAGAGCAAGAGAAUCUUUAAAUAAUUUCCACAAAUUGCCGGGAUUACAUAGUAUAUCAAUUUAUGAUGAUAUUGCAGAUUCAAAGACAUGUUUAUCUCCAUCAAUGAAAGCAGUAGAACCAUAUAUGAAUACAUCAUUAGCUCAUACAACUCAAUGGAAUAUUAAUAAAGGUCAUUAUAAAUUAGAACAACCUCUGAUAGAACUUCUACAAAGACCAUUUAGGUAUAAAUUAGGAGUUGGUUUGGCAAUGUGUAAAGUUUAUGCCGAAUAUUGGAAUGGUGAUCUUAGAGUGCAUUCUAUGCCAGGUUAUGGUGUGGAUGCCGUUUUGACACUUGGAAAUUUAAUGAAGAGUACCGCUAAGAAACAACUAGAUAAAGUUUGA